AUCCAAACGGCUCUAGAGGAGAACUUCGUUUUUAAGGAUCUGACCAGGCAGCAGUUAACACCUUUCAUCGCGGCAUUUGAUCGAAAGACGUUUGAACAGGGAGAAAAAAUCACGGAACAAGGCGAUCCCGCUGAUUAUUUCUAUAUCAUUGAAAGAGGCGCUGUUGUUUUUGAAGUCAACGGUAUAGAGGUCGGAACAGCCGGUGGUGGGUCCAGCUUCGGAGAAUUGGCGUUAAUUUACUCCAGUCCGCGUGCAGCAACUGUUGUUGCACUUGAAAGGACUUCUGUUUUUCGAGUUGAGAGAGAAAUAUUCAGCUCCAUUUUGCAAUCACAGGCUGAAAAAUCGGAAGAUUCAAAGAUUGCGAUCCUAAGGAAAGUCAUCUUUUUGAAAGAUUUGACGGAUUCCGAUCUGAAAAAACUUGCAAUGGCCAUGACACCUAUGUUUUUCGAGAGAGGGGAACUUCUUAUCCGAAAAGGUGAUGUUGGAGAAGACUUUUUUAUUCUCGAGGAAGGCGAAGUCCUUGUGAGAGAUAUUUCAAUGGGCUCAACCGUGUAUGAGGAUGUUACCUUAGGCCCCGGAGAGUAUUUUGGUGAAAGAGCUCUCGCAAAGUCUGAGCCCUGUGAAGCAAAUGUAAGCAGCACAAAAAAGGGCAUGGCAUUCAAGAUCAAAUUCAUAACAUUCAACAAAGUAUUGGGCAAGAUGUCGAAGCUGAUU